AUGGCUUUGGUCCCUACCCCAACCGCGAACGACGGACCAUUAUUCGCCGAGGUUGACAUGGGCACCGACGCCUCUGCUCCGACCAUCCGCGCCACCGUGGUCCAGGCGGCCACCAUCUUCUACGACACCCCCUCCACUCUUGAUAAAGCCGAAAGGCUACUAGCUGAAGCAGCAUCUUUUGGUUCUCAGUUGGUUGUUUUCCCUGAAGCUUUUAUCGGUGGUUAUCCACGUGGUUCCACAUUUGGUGUUUCUAUCGGAAACCGAACAACUAAGGGUAAAGAAGAAUUCCGUAAAUAUCAUGCUUCUGCCAUUGAUGUUCCUGGGCCCGAAGUUGAUCGCUUGGCUGCUAUGGCUGGAAAGUAUAAGGUUUAUUUAGUGAUGGGCGUUAUAGAAAGAGAUGGAUACACCUUAUAUUGUACAGUUUUAUUUUUUGAUUCUCAAGGUCAUUAUCUUGGAAAGCAUAGGAAAGUCAUGCCAACAGCACUCGAGCGUAUAAUUUGGGGAUUUGGAGAUGGUUCGACAAUUCCAGUUUUCGAGACUUCUAUAGGGAAAAUCGGUGCUGCAAUUUGUUGGGAAAACAGAAUGCCACUUUUAAGGACAGCAAUGUAUGCUAAAGGUGUUGAAAUAUAUUGUGCCCCAACAGCUGAUUCGAGAGACGUGUGGCAAGCAUCAAUGACCCACAUUGCCCUUGAAGGCGGCUGUUUUGUAUUAUCGGCCAAUCAGUUUUGCCGGAGGAAAGAUUAUCCUCCGCCACCGGAUUAUGUAUUUUCAGGCACGGAAGAAGAACUUCUGCCGGAAUCUGUUGUUUGCUCGGGUGGCAAUUUGGGGGAAAUUGUACGAGCCAAAUUCGACUUUGACGUUGUGGGCCAUUAUUCUCGACCCGAAGUACUCAGUCUUCUUGUAAAAGACCAUCCAAUGAGCCCGGUUUCUUUCUCUUCAUCACUAACUGGAAAAGCAGAAAGCUCACAAAAGUGA